AUGGACAAGGACAUAGAGAUGGAUGAUCGCACCGGCACUACUGCAAACAAACCGGUGGCAAGUGUCAGCGCAUCGGAGCAGGAGGAAGACUCGGAUUAUGAUUUUGUGCAGUCAGAUGCUGGCUGCAAGGACGAUGAGGACUUCGGUGUCGAGCACGAAGCUGGCAUCUCCCAGCGCAAGGCGGAGAGGAUCGCACAGCAACUCAAACAAGAUUGCAACCUUCAUCUCGAACCUGGCACUCACCGCCGCAAGUCCCGCGACAACCUGACCAACGACAAGGCUUCCAGUGACUCCGACUCUGACUACAAGGCUGAUUUCCUCGACGACGACCACAGCACCCCAGGCUCCGAAGACAAUGAAAGCAGUGAGCGAGAUGAAAGCGACUCAACUGGCAAACACGUCCCCGAUCCUGGAUGGCAAGCGAUGAUCGUCUGUCGUGCCCAGCACCGUAACACGGGCAAAACCAUCACGACCGCUGUUGGCCUGCCGGAGAACCGUGAUGAAGGCCCUCCGGGUGCGGAGGACGGCACCAAGGGAUCCCCUGCUCCUGCACUCUCGGCAGAUGAGUACUUUGUCGACGAGCACUUCGUUGUCGUGGCGUGCAAGCCACGCCACCAUAAGGCCAAGGCCAAGACCCCCAUCACCGACAAUAUUGCCCAGCCACCGCAACCAGAAAAGGCACCGAAGGUGGUGCCUCAAGCUACCACCAAGAUCUCUGGCCGGAAAGUGGUAACACAAAUGGGUAACUAUGACCCCUACCAGCUCAUUCGGCCAUCUCCGGAGUACUUUGGCACCAGUGACGAUGAUGAGGACAGUCCAGCUGAGCCUGUUGUGAAGCCUCAGCCAAAGCUGUCGUGUCCGAAGAGUUCGAACAUGGGAGGAGUCUCGGAAGGCGCGCAGGUGCAAACAAGUGCCACCAGAGCAUAUAAUAAGCUGCCUGCAGCUGUGAUGUUCCAGGAUGACGACAGCACCUCCAGCGAGGAUGCCAUUGUUCACAAACCACCGACAAAGCUGCAGACCAAGUGGCCAAUUGCCACAUACCUGACAUACAACGAGGACGUGUGCAAAGUCGAUGGUACAAGACUGCACGCGACAUCGCCUGGGAUGCAUAUGGUCUCAAGGAGCUCGAGGGCGACCAAGAAGGCCACCCGUGUCCUGACUCUUGACAAUCACUACAUCAGUCCAGGCACCCUCAAUAAAGGCAAAUAA